CAAGUCACUUUUUCCGAGAAGUGAGACAAUGCAUUUAUUAAGACAUGUUACAAGAGACGAGGAGGAAAGGAAUUAGGCACACUUGGUAUUUCAGACUUUGAGUUGAGGACAGAUCGAUGAAGAGGACAUGUAAAGACAACAUGUCAACUUUACCCUUUUCAUCUGCAACAUUAUCAGAUAGAUUCCACUAACUAGUUCAUCUCUACAUUUCUGAUAAAUCAAGUUAGCAGACAGUUUUGCCUCAACCUUCUCAACAAGAGAGACAAUUUACAAACAACCAUAAAAAUUUGGAGAUAAUGGAAAAUAGGAACUCUCCAAGACAACAAAACCACCUUUCUGAUGCAAAUGCAGCUACCGACUUAGACGCUUCUCUAUCUGAGUCUUCUGCUCCUUGGAAUGGUGGCUUACCUAUUCCUUAUGAGGCAAGGGAUGGUUCCCAUAUUAGAAGUGGGAACCCUGCAGAGAGACCUUUGCAAAGGCCUCCAAACAUGCCAUCAGAACAAUCAACAUAUGUUGAGGAACGUCCUAUUUAUAUAACAGUCAGAAGAAGGCAAAUCCCUUUGGAAAAUGCAGCAAGAUUUAACCAUCUUACUGAAGAUCAGAUAGAAAGUCAAUUAAGAAUGUACAGGGAAAAUGUAGUGAGGGAGUUUGUGGAUUUGACUGAUCCUUCUCUACAGACACUGCUGGAGAGAUGCUCACUUGUCUUAAAUAUGGAUGUGAAUAUUGAGAGAAAAUAUAUUGAACUUGAUAUCUGGCGAGUGUUUGAGGCAAAUAAGGAGAAACCUCGGUUCCUUCAUCUCACUCAGGGCCUAGGCAUCUUAGAAAAAUAUGCCUCCAAUUUGAUAAAGGAAAAUCGUCCUCCUUAUUGGAGGAAUGUAAAAUUUACCAGUUCUCUUGUCCAACUUCAUGUUGGUCGACUCAUUGGUAGUCGGGAUAUUUUAUCACAAAUGGGAUACACACAGGAUAUACACGAUGGUGUUGCCUUCCCUUCAAAUGUACCUGAGCCUGAUGUGGCUAGAGUGAAAGACCUGGCAACAGAUUUGUUCUUUGCUAGGUAUGAAAUUGAUACUCUGCUGGUAAACAAGCAUCCAUUUUAUGAGAUGGACCCACCAGUCCCACAGGAAGAAGUUGAACUUCCCAGGCUGUUCCAGGCCACCUUUGAACGAUCACUUCCACAGCGUUUUCCGCCAAGGGUGUCAAGGCCUUCACUUCCAACUUCAGUAAGCACAGAAUCAGGUGUUUCAAGACCCAGUCAGCCACCUCCAACCAGUGCCCGUAACCAAUAUCCACCAACGCCAUCACCACGAAGACCAGGGGGAAGGUCUCCCAUUCCACCGCAAGAAAAGCAUAAAGAACAGGCCUCAGUCGAAGAACAAGUUUCUGAACGGUAUGUUGAAAGUGAAGGAGAUUCUGAAUAUGAAGAUGCUGAAGAUGGUAUUGACCAAGCCCAAGCCCAAGCAAGUGGAAACUCUCACACCCAGGUUUCCUCUAAUUUUGAGUGUCGUAUAUGUGGAGAAUCAAAUGCAACCAAGUUCUGCAAAGAGUGUAAGGACACCUUUUGUGCUCCUUGUGAUAGUUUGUAUCACAAGCAUGCUUCUCGUCAACGUCAUUUCAGGAGCCAGCUGCAAACAGAGACAGCCACUCCAUCAGAUCAGCCAAUUAGCAGUGGUGCUGCUGCUGCUCCUUCCUCUCCAGUACCUCAGAAUCAGCGAACUGCUGUGUCUAAUAUAACCGCAAGUGCUAGUGAUGCCGCAAGACCCACACCCAGACCAAGGCCUGUGCCUGCACCAAGACGAAACAUCAAGCAACCUCCUAAAACACCCGAACCUAGUGAGAAAGCUCGUCGACCCCCAAAGCCUGAAUCUUCCACUCCUCAGGUACAACAGAACACAGUCAUACAGCAACCUCCCUCUUUUGAAGCUGGAACUCAACAACUGGCUGCGCAAGCUGUGAUAAGAAGAUCAAAUCAAAUCCAGGAUCAAACAAGACCAAUUUUAAGGCCACCCCCUAUGCCACCAUCUUUUGGCACAACUCCGCCAAGUUCUCAGAGGGGAAAUGAUGAAAAGGAUAGUAACUACACAGUGGAUGAAGCCCCACCUCCUUUGCCACCACCCAAGCUAAAGACAGCAAAACCCAAAAUGCCAGUUGAAUCAAGGACACCAAUAAGUACACCACCAUCACCUACCAGUCCAGAGGAAGAUGGAGCCCUUUCCUGCCCUUACUGCUUUUGCCUAAACUCUGCUGGUAAUAAGACCUGCUUGUUUUGUAAGAAACCUUUACCUGCAAAGUCUGAUUCAACGCCUCAAAACCAGUCAGCAUUACCCCAGAGUCAAGGAAUGGUGGAUGUGAGAAAUUUCCCCUCACCUGGUUUGGCUGCUCAAGACCCAGCUAGAAGUGCAGAGAUUUCUUUUGCAGAUGAAGAUCCUGACCAGGAAUGGCCGUGUGAAUUCUGCACAUAUAUAAACAAGAAUAGAAGAAUUUGUGCGAUGUGUUUUAAAUCAAGAACUACUCCACUACCUCCUAAGAAGAAAAUGCCUGUGAGAAAUCAGUCAAAGAUGGAGAAAGCCUAUCCACCACGGGUUGUAACUAAUCUGGCCGCACAUAUAAGCAGCCAACAAAUCCCUGCUUCAACUGUGCCAACCAAAAAACCAGACCUGGAAAAUUCUCAAGCAGCUCCAACAGGGAGCGCAGCCAAUCCACAAGCGCAACAAACAGGGGCCCCUAUGAGACCACCUGUAGGACCACCUAUAGGACCACUCCUUGGGAACACCAUGCCCCCAGUAGGCCAGCCAUGGGAGGCAGCAAAUACAACAGCACCAGUUGUACCAGGAGGUCCUCCUCUGGGAAGUUCUGCCUAUCCAGGUGUGGCUGGUCCUGCACAGGUGGGAAUCCUAAAUCAAACUGGAAUGGUUUAUCCAGGUGUAAAUCCUCCUUUUCCUAGAGACCCUGGCAUGCCUCAUGAUCCGCAUGGAUUUGUGCCCCCACCUCCAUUUGUAGAUCCAUUGGGUGCAACAGGCCUAGCUCCAGAGAUCAAUCCAUCAGCUGCUGGAAAUUCUCCUGUCAGUCUCGUCACUGGUUACUUGUCAACACCUCCAGUCACAGCAUGGAAUCCCCCACCUGUAGAUGAAACUUUCCGACGACAUCAAGAAGAGAUUUACAUAUCUGGAGCUCGUUAUGUUGAAUGGCUGAAGGCUGGAGAAACAGAAGGCUUUACAGCAGAGGAGGUGAACAUUGCAUCCAUCCUCGGCAUAGAAGAUCGUCAUGGUCCUAUCCAUUGGCUGCAAACUACAUGGUAUGAUUUAAUUCAUAGAGUCAUGGUGGAGCUGAGUGUGCCAGAAAACUCCCAGGAAAUUGGGAAUGUGAGCCCAGAGGAAGCCAAAAAUGCUCUAAUUGAAUGCACUGGGGAAGUCUCGCGUGCAGUCAAUAAAUGUAUGGAAAACCGCAAGAAGAAGGUAAGAGAAUUACAGCAGGCAGGUGUUUAUGCCAAAACAGAUUGUAUAAGUGCCCUGGAUACCACUGAGGGAGAUACAGAGAAAGCAAUACUUGAACUAGAGAAAAUGGCAUUGCAGCCAAUGCUACAAAGAAUUCUCAACAGUUGUCUUCCAGACACAGCAACUCAUGAAGAUGUGUUCCGGGCUUUGGCAAGACAGGUAGAUAAUGACUCUCCUCAAGACAGAGCUAACUUUAAAGCAAUUGUCACGGACCGAGGCCAAGACAGAGAUCGGCGAAUCAGAGCCAUUUUGGCAGAAAAAGAUGUUUCUUCCUGGGGCAAGGCAGACAUUGUCAUCAAAUUAAUUGAUGAGGGCUUUGAAGUGGAUGACUCUCUUACAGCUGCCGGCAGUUGCAGGGAUUACAGAUGUUGCGUACGCUUUCUGAGACAAGAGUGCCCACUGUGUACAGAUCAAUUGCCUAGGACUCAGAUGAUCACAUUCCUCCACUGUCAACACAGUGUUUGCCGAGACUGUGUCACACAGUUUAUCACAAUUACCAUUCGAGACAAGAAUAUAAUGCACCUUGUGUGUCCAGUUUGUGGGAAACCUGAAAACUUAGAGGAUGAAGCUGUAGCUACAGAAUACUUCAAUAACUUUGAUAUCAUGAUCCGUGGCCUGGUUGAUCAAGGAACUCAUGACUUAUUUCAACAAAAGCUCCGAGAUAGAACACUUAUGAAGGAGCCAAACUUCAGGUGGUGCGAACAUUGCUCAUCAGGGUUCAUAAAUGAAAGGCCUGAGAUUUUAAAGAUGCCUUGUCCUAACUGUCACCAGUUUACUUGUUUUCAAUGCAAUCCAAAGUGGGAGGACCAGCACGAGGGUAUCACAUGUGAACAGUUUAGGGCGUGGAUGGAACAAAAUGAUCCUGACUUUCAAGCUGCAGGACUGGCAGCCCACUUGAAGAGGAAUGGAAUUGUGUGCCCCAACUGCAAGUUUAGAUAUGACCUAUCCAAGGGAGGUUGCAUGCACUUCAAGUGUGCCAUGUGUUCACAUGAAUUCUGCAGUGGCUGCUACAACUCAUUUAUUCAUGCAGAAAGACAGAACUGCCCUGUGUCAAAUCAAUGCACCGUCAGAGGACUACAUGCUCACCAUCCACGUGAUUGUUACUUCUACUUGAGAGAUCUUCAGCCAGAAGAACUUCAGAGGCUGUUACAUGACAAUAAUGUGGCUUACAAUACAGAACCACCGGAAGGUCAAGGUAAUGCUGAUGAGCAAGCUGGAGCAGCUGCACCUUUGGUCUGCAAAGUGAAUGAGCAGAAAGAAACUGUGGAUGGCCUGCGCGAUGAAGAGUGUGGAGAACAAGUUCAAGCUGGAUAUGCUGGGCUCUGCAAGAAGCAUUAUGUAGAGUAUCUGGUUGUACUUGUCAAUGACAACUUGCUAGACCCAGCUGACAUUAUGUCAUCUGAAGACCUUGGCCAUGUAUUAAGGCGAGGCUUUAAGGAAACGCCUCAAAAGCAACCCAGAAUGAGAGACAAUCAAUAUCAGCAGUUACUGUUACAAACUGUUAAAAAUGAAAUUGCCUUACCACCAAAACCUCCAAGGAAAAGAAUAUUAGAUGAUGAGCAGGAAGUACCAGUUGUUCAGGAUGUUGAGGAAGAAGAGGAAGAUGAAAGAGAAGAGGAUGAAAUUUUCCCAUCUGAUGAUGAUGAUGACCAUGAUGAUGACCAUGAUGAUGAUAGGUGGUAACAAAACAGUCAGUAACCUGCUGAAACAUAAAAUGACUAGCAAGAUUCCUAAAGGAACCCUCAAGCACUAUCAUAACAGAGUAGAUAAGGCAUUUGGUAGACAUAAGUAAUGAUAUGGUUAAUUUCCCAGACUAUAAGGACGGUCUUAGAGAAUUGACUACCAUAAGAUGUGUAAUUCAAGUUAUGAAAAUUAGUAAGAUUUGGCAAAGAGAGUUGUAGGAUUCCUUUUGUUGCUUCUCCGAUGACACUCGAGCUCAUUCAAGAAAGUCCAUUGGAUAUUGCAGUGACACCAGUGCUCAGAUAAUGGGUGAUCCUUAGGUUGCCUGGUUGCCACCAUUACCACAUGGAAAAAAGGAAACAGAGAUGGUUGGUGGACUAAUGGAUGUUGCACCUCUGGUAAGGGGAAGAGUAUCAAAGCAGGUUGCACUUGAGCAGAUGAUUUCAGUGAGCCUGAUGCAUUUUGCUGCCCAUGGCAAUGCUGAAAGAGUUCAAACAGUCCUGACAUUCCAAACACUAUUCCUCAACGGGAAGCCUAUAUGUUGACAAUGGCUGACAUUUCAUUAGUGAAAGUCAGAAGCAAACAGGUUGAACUUAGCUAUUGUCACAGUGCAAAUGGACAGAUCAGAUCAGUACUGGUUGCAUUGUGGGCCAUACUGGACUCAGCAAUAGAGCAGCUUGGCAUUGGUUCUAUGAAUGCCUUCACAGUAGAGAAAGUCCCAGUGAAUGUGUUCACCAGGCCAUGAAGUGGAUGAGAAACAACAGCUUCACUAGGGUGUCUGAGUGGGCUUCAGUUAUGCUGAUUGGAGAUUGCUGAGGAGAGUUUGAAAUUCUUCAUUUUUUUCCAAUUUUCAAUUUAAUUAGCAAAAAAGAGAAUCAGAGAUUCUUCAAUGUUUUCAUUGAUGCAUGGAAAAAUUUUACGAGGCAAGAAAUUUUCUUGGAUCAGUUUAAAGCUGUACUUUUGAAGGAGAAAAAUGCAUCUCCCUGCAAGCUGCUAAGGGGGUUGAUACUCCUUAUGUUGAGGAGUUGGGUGGAGCAGGGGGCCCAUCAGCAGGAGAGCAGGGGGCUCAUCAGACUUGAUGGGUCAGGGGGCCCAUCAGCAGGGGGAGCAGGGGGCCCAUCAGACUUGAUGGAAAUGUUCAUGCAUUAUGUCCAGCUUACUAGAAGAAAUUUAGAGAAGUAGGCUAUUUCUGAAAGGAAAUAUCAUAGAAGUUAAAAGACGUGGUUAAUGAGGUGUUUGGGGACUAUUUAACAGAUUGUGAUAACAAAACAAAGUUGACUGUGUGCACAAAUCUUUAUUCUUGAAAGGCAAUAUAGACCACAAACCACAAUCAAUGAUGAAAAUCACAAUCAAUCUCACAAUUAAUCAAUCUAUCGAUCCUAAACUGAAACAACAAUACUAUGAAGUUCUAUCAAUCUCAUGAAAUGUUGUGGAAUACAUAAUCAAAGAAUCGCUUUUAAAAAACUGGGCCUUAACACCAAUAAGAAGAUUAAAAUGACAAUGAACAAAUAAACCAGUACAAAAGUUUCAAUACAAAUUACAAGAAUUUUGGGGGCUGGUUAACAGCCCAUUGUUCUUAUCUAAUUGGUGGGCAUUCACUUGCAUUUGGUACAGUUUUGGCCUUUAAACUUAAAUCAAUCGAGAAUAUGGAAAUUCAACGGAAUGUCUGUUCAUAUAUUGUUGCCCAAUGCUGAAAAAAAA